GCUGUCAGUGUUGAUAAGGGACGGACGCCGGCAAACGCUUCGUGUUUGAGAUUCCGUUUAACUACCACAUGUCACCAAUAACAUCAGUUUUGUACAUAUAGUUGUAUGAUAAAGAUAAGUGUGUAGUGUUCUUUUUGUUGUUUAAUUUUAGAACAGUGUUUGCCAUGCCUCCCGCGGCUACUGCUCUUAAACCUCAACCUGAUGAUGACCCCAUCGGUAUUAGGGCAGUCCUUUUGGGACCCCCAGGAUCAGGCAAAGGAACUCAGGCUCCCCGUCUAAAAGAAAAGUAUUGUGUAUGUCAUUUAUCAACGGGAGACAUGUUACGGGCCGAAGUAUCAUCAGGAUCGGACCUCGGCCGACGUCUGAAGAAAGUGAUGGAUGAGGGAAAACUUGUAUCUGAUGAGAUGGUUGUUGACAUGAUUGAUAAGAAUCUGGACCAGCCUGAGUGUAAAAAUGGAUUCCUACUUGAUGGCUUUCCAAGAACUGUGCUGCAAGCUGAGAAGUUAGAUGACUUGCUGAGUAAAAGAAAAACUCAACUUGAUGCUGUAAUCGAGUUUGGAAUCCAGGAUAGUCUUCUCGUUCGUCGGAUCACCGGGAGACUGAUUCAUCCAUCAAGUGGACGCAGUUACCAUGAAGAAUUCCAUCCUCCGAAAAAAGCGAUGACUGAUGACGUUACAGGGGAACCCCUGAUUAGACGUUCUGAUGACAAUGUGGACGCUUUGAAGAAACGUCUAGCAACUUAUAAUGCUCAGACUGUGCCUCUUGUAGACUAUUACAUGCGGAAAGGUCUACACUGGAGGGUAGAUGCGGCUAAACCGGCCGAGGAAGUUUUUAGUAGAAUUGAUAAUAUCUUCAAGCGUCGCAUCUUCAGCAGGGAGCGAGCAGCUCUGUGAGAAUAUAAGUGAAUUUUGUACAAAUCUUAAAUUUCACUAUGUGGUUGGGUUCAUGAUUGUGUUAUAGUAUUUUCAGACUAAUUAUAUAUUUAAAUAUAUAACUCUGUACCUCUACCUAUUUUAUAGACUAUUUCUUACAUAAAUACAGUACAAUGCGAUCAAUUGA